CCCGGGGAGGGAAGCUUUGCGGAGCGCUGGUGCGAGCGCAGAGCUGAGGGCGCGCGGGCCGCGCGGGGGCGCAGUGCGGGGGCGCCGAGCCGAGCGCACAGGCAGCGCAGUCUCUGUCGCCAUGGAGACCACCAAUGGGACUGUGACCUGGUAUGAGAGUCUGCAGGCAGUGCUGAAGGCCCUCAAUGUCACUCUGCACAGCAACUUGCUCUGUCGGCCAGGGGUGGGGCCAGAGUCAGACGAGCUGAGCAAGAAGCUACAGGCCAGCCAACUCGGCCGCGAUGACAACUCCUACAUGUACAUUCUUUUUGUCAUGUUCCUCUUCGCUGUCACUGUGGGCAGCCUCAUCCUAGGGUACACCCGCUCCCGUAAGGUGGAUAAGCGCAGCGACCCCUAUCACGUGUACAUCAAGAACCGAGUGUCUAUGAUCUGAGUGUUGUGCUAUGGGGCCUCUGGGAUUCAGCAAGGAGCCACACGGAGCCACAGUGUCCCUCUCUGUGACCUCGGCCAGAAACAGUGCUAAGGAAGGUCAUGGCAGGAGGAAAGGGACCUUGUGGAUAAGAACUCUCUUUCCAGACAACAUAAUUGUUAGACAUUAAUUUUCCAACCAAAAGAGAUGUUAUUAGUGAAGGCCUCAUGAACAAAUCCACAGAAGCAGCAAAAUAUCACGACCAAAGACUGAUCCAGGGCCUGUAGUAUUGGGUUUGGGGGUGGUGGGAGGGAGAAUAGGAAGUAGUAGCAGAGGGAAAUGGAACGGGGACAUUUCACAUUUGUUUGAUUUGUUGUCUUUAGUGACUAUGAGAGGCAGUGAUGACUAUUCCAUAUGAAAGAGGAAUCUGACGAAUGCUACUUACUUAUAUUUACUCGCUUUAUAUCAUUUAACUCAUUCAGUAUUUUUGAUUUUAUCCCCCUGCAAGGGGAGUUAGACUAGUACCAUUCUGCCCACACAGAUCACGGCUGGAACCCAGAAACUCUGGUUUCCCUGCCUGGUGCCUUUUGAAGCUUUGUGUCUCAUGAGAAUGGAUCCAAGCCUAGCAAACACUUAAGACACUGUGUGUGUGUUGGGGAAGGGGGAGGGGCUUCCUAAGAAGAUUAAUAUAGGCCUGGUAAACUAGCUCACUGGGAUAAUGGUCUGCUUUAUCAUGCUCGAGCUUGGCCCCCAGCACACUAAAGAAAGCUUUGGAACUGUGAUCUCUUUUUGCACUCUCUGCCUUGAUGUCUCUAUCUUUAAAAAAAAUUAAUUAAAAAUAUCUGACUUUGGUAAAUAUCACGAGAACAUGUGACCAGGUCAAUACAUCGUCCAGGCCCCUCUUGAGACGUGAAGAAGGAGCCAGGCAAGUGCGGGACGUUGGGUGUUGCGUCUCUUGAGCCCCAUGGCUGUUGGCCCCUUCAGCCGUGUCACAGCCCUUCCCAGCCACAUCUCCCUGUGGAGGGUUGGCCUGUGAGAAAUUGAUACCAAGCGGAACUCUGCUUGAGGAUUACUAUGACACACACCUAGAGGGUGAUCGGGAAGCAGAGUGCAAAUGAGGUCCUUGGUUCUGUGGAAAGGGAACCAGCCCUGAUUCUAUCACUCAUGUGGCGCAAGACACUGCUGACUCUGCUCUGAUACUUUUCCCUCUUCAGCUUAACAAAGAAGUCGACCAUGAUCACCUCUAAGGGCUCGAUGACCAGUUCUGACCAUCAAGUGCGACAUUAGAUUGAACCGUAUAAAAUUGCUGUGUCCUGUAGGGCGAAAUAUCAAUAACUGAAGAUCAGUAGUUCCAUAUGGUUCUAUCUAACACAUGUAAGGCGGACGGAGGGUGGAUCCGUUACAAGCUGCAAAUCCCACUCUUCUGUUUGAUUUCUACUUUAUGCCCCCUGCCCACUCCCCACUCUCUGGGCCACAAGACCCCAUAGAAAUAUAUUUGUGAGGAAGCAUAACUGGAAGAAUAUUUUGAUAGAAGUUAUGUCUGAGGGAGUCGGGCUGUAGCGCAGCGGGUUAAGUGCAGGUGGCGCAAAGCACAAGGACCGGCAUAAGGAUCCCGGUUCGAGCCCCGGCUCCCCACCUGCAGUGGAGUCGCUUCACAGGCAGUGAAGCAGGUCUGCAGAUGUCUAUCUUUCUCUCCCCCUCUCUAUCUUCCCCUCCUCUCUCCAUUUCUCUCUGUCCUAUCCAACAACGACAACAACAAUAAUAACCACAACAAUAAAACAACAAGGGCAACAAAAGGGAAUAAAUAAAUAAAAUAAAUAUUUAAAAAAAAAGAAGUUAUGUCUGAGUAGGACUAUGGGUGAUGUUCCCUUCCUACUUAAAAAAAAAUGUAUAUGAUGCCGACCAGACUUCCCUGGACAGACACCCCACCAAUAUGUCCUGCAGCUCCGCUUCCCCAGAGCCCCACCCUACUAGGGAAAGAGAGAGGCAGACUGGGAGUAUGGAUCGACCUGUCAACGCCCAUGUUCAGCAGGGAAUCAAUUACAGAGGCCAGACCUUCAACCUUCUGCAACCCACAAUGACCUUGGGUCCAUACUCCCAGAGGGUCAAAGAAUAGGAAAGCUAUGAGGGGAGGGGAUGGGAUAUGGAGAUCUGGUGGUGGGAAUUGUGUGGAGUUGUACCCCUCCUAUCCUACAGUUUCGUUAAUGUCUCCCUUUUAAAAUAAAUAAAUAAAUGCUGGGCAGUAGUGAAGCAGGUUAAGCGCAUGUGGCACAAAGUGCAAGGAACUGUGGUGUAAGGAUCCCGGAUCAAGCCCCUGGCUCCCCACCUGCAGGGGAGUCGCUUCACAGGUGAGGCAGAUCUGCAGGUGUCUAUCUUUCUCUCCCCCCCUCUGUCCUCCACUCCUCUCUCCAAUUCUCUCUGUCCUAUCUAACAACAACAACAUCAAUAAUAACAACUACUACUACAACAUUAAACAACAAGAGCAACAAAAGAGAAAAUAAAUUUUAAAAAAUGUAUGUACAAAUAAAUCAUGUAAUGUUUGAUUUGGGUGUUCACGAGUACAUUACUUGUACAAUAAACAUUUGGAGAACCCACUUAACCUUUGAAAACUAAA